AUGGCUCUGACCGCCUUACCGGCUGUCAGCCUGUGCGCGGCAAACGCCACGUGCCUAUCGGUUGUGGAGGAAAUGGGAGCCAAUGCCAAUUCUACUACCGCGAACAUGUUGUCCGAUGAUGGAAACUGGACCGUGUCGGUGCCUGCUGAGACUGCUCCUCAGCUUACACGAGCCGCUGUUGUGCGGGCCCUGGUGCUGGUGCUGAUCGCUGGAGUAUCCCUGUUUGGCAACUCGGCCACUUUGCUCUCAAUCUGGUUCAUGAGCCGAGCUCGUCGGUCCUCGCUCUAUCUGCUGUUGGCACACCUUUCCGUGGCCGACCUCAUGGUGACCGCGUGGUGUGUGCUUGCAGAAGCGGCUUGGACGGUGACGGUGCAGUGGUUGGGUGGUGAUCCCCUGUGCAAGCUCUUCAAGUACAUGCAAAUGUUCUCGCUGUAUUUGUCCACCUUCAUCCUAGUGGUCAUAGGCUAUGACCAGCUGCUGGCGCUACGGUACCCCAUGGAGCGUGCCCGAAACCGCCUUCGCUCCAAGAGGCUUACUUUGGCUGCGUGGAUGUUCAGUGCAUUGCUCAGUCUUCCGCAGGACAAGUGCCCCGACGGCGAUGCGAUCUCCAUGGACGGCUUCGACUGCGCAUUCAACAACUGGGCCUGCUUCGCACAUCGGUGCGCCGGAGACGAGACAACGUGA